AUGUCACAGCCAGCCAGUCCGCUGGGAAUUGCGAUGCCGUUCGCUGGUAGGCGAUCGAGCAUAGGCGGAAACGAGCCAGCGUACUAUUUCAGCAAUGCUGGCGAACAUCGGCGCACUGGCUCUUAUGGCACGAACAACCCUUACUCUGGCUCUCCACGAGCAGUCACACCCUCUAGCAUGAGAGGUCUGCACUCCAAGAACGGAUCUCAGCAGUCUUUGCAUAGAGUCGGCAGUCUCUCUGAAGCCGGGAGCGGUCCACCGAGCCCAGGCUCGUUUCGAAGAAAGCCUGCGCCGGCCAUCGAUCCUGAGCUCGAGGCCGCACUCCUGGCAGCAGGCGGAACGCCCAUCACCAAUCCACACGAGAGUUUUGCCAGCUCCGACAGCUACGCUUUGCCGUCUGCAAUCGGCUCAUCAGCCGGUCGCUAUACGCCCGGAUCAGAUCAUAUGGCUUCGCCCGUCUCGCCCGGUGCGAGAUUCGGACAUAGUCCAGGCGCGGUUUGGGGACUCGUGCCUGGAGAAAACGGCGUGAAUGUCAUCAUGCCCGAUGCGCCCGUCGACCUGCUCUCACAUUCACCGCGUCAUUCUCCUGUGCUACAAGGGCCGAGGAGGACAUCCAGUCGAUCAGGCCUGCGCAAUGAUGGCACCGACAACGCGCCUCCCUCUCCUUCGAGCCGGUACGCCGGCGCGCGCACCUCAACCUCGGUAGAUCGACUCAGCAAGGGCUACUUUCCCUCGCCGCCCCUGUCGAGCACGAAAAAGUUCUUUGUGCCCACGCAGACGGAACCUCAGCAGCAGUACAACUCGAUGGCCACUUCGCCUUUGGCGACAAGUCCCGGCGUCUUCCCCGCGGGCAGGAUGUCGCCAAAGUUGGCAGCUUCAAGCGUGCCAAUCAUCGAUAGACCGCCCGAUAGAUCUGCCAGUCCGUCAUCGUCGAUCAGUAGUAGACGCAGCGGAUCGUUGCACUCGAGCUCUCAACAGGACUUGCUGAAGAACAAGCUGCCUUCGCCUAUCAUUGGCGCGCGCACCUCUUCCUUCGAUACAAAACAACGCAAGCAAGCGUACCUGAGCCCCCAUCGAACGAGCUCAAUCUCUUCACUCAAUUCGUCAGUUGUCAGUCGGUCACCUCAGUACUCACCCACAAUGUCCAACAAAACAUACGAUCUUGGCCGAAAGCAGCCGCCUGCGAUGGAUCCCAAUUCGGACGAACCUUUGCCCCCUUCUGCCUUUGCACUAGCUCAUCCGCACCUGGUCGGCCAACACGGAUCUUCAAGAGCAUCGACAGCUAGCUUGGUCAGCGACAAUUCCGAUGUAUGGGAAGAGGCCCCAGAAUUUGGGAGCGAACUCGGUAGCCCGAGGCGCACGAGCUUGAUCAGUAUGGACAGCAACCCUGCGAACAGCGCUGCUGGCCAGACACUCGUCUUUCCGACUGCUCAACAAAGCGCAACAUUAGACGAGUAUAACGAGAAGACUCCCAUGAUGGCCUCUCAGUCGAUGCAGACUCAGCAAAGCGAAGCGAUGACAUUGCUUGCUUCGGCUAUGGGUUCGACAGCCAGCGCUUCGACAAUGCCUGUCGCGCAUACACAGCUUUGGAGGGACGUGCCUGAGCCUGCCCUCAUUUCAGAAGAAGCCGAUCCGAGACCGAGUCAGUCAUCAGAGGCUACAGCCGUACCUCGUGAAGCUGCGACUGUUCCGACGGGUACGAGUGAAGCAGGCCAGGUCCUUCUCCCGCCUGGAGAUGUCGACAGCACAGUCUACCGCGCCGGUAGCACUCCUCCACCGCAGCGGCUGCCUCUCGAUGCACCGGACAGCGCAGUCGCCAUGGGAGAGGACGACGUCAAGAAGAAGACACGCGCGUUCAGUCCUCUGCGUGCUUCUGUCGGUCGUCAUUCGCUCGAGGCAGAAGAGACGGAAGCAUCAGACAUUGUUGCUCCUCUACCUAGACGUCGAGACGCCGCGCAGGCGCGCACAUUGGUCGAUCCUUCCGGCGAGCUCGAUGAUUCGACUUAUGCCGGUCGUAUCUUCGCCGGUCCUCCACGCACCAGAUCGACCUCGCCUGCUGCCUCACCCGCUCUCUCGCGCUCGGGCUCGGCUGAGCCUGAGGAAUCUCGCAAUUGGCGCCAAGAGAUCCUACAGCAGGCUGUCGGCGCAUCGUUCGCAAUACAGACCGACGAUCUUGCCAUGCGCAGUCGAUCACGUUCUGCAAGUAGGCGCUCGCCCAAGGUCGUCAGCUUCGUCGAGCCUCACGACGUAGAGACAUCUGUCACAUCACUCAAAGGGCUACGUAUUGUCUCACGAUCCGAGCCGCCUUGGGAUCCUUCGGAGCCCACUGGACCCGUUACCGCUGGCUCGCUACCUGGAUCAUCGCAGAAUUCGCCCAACCGCUCUGGAAUCAGGCGGAUGUUUAGUCAAGAUAGUCAGACGAGCAAACCGGCCAAGACGCUCGAUUUCGACAGCCUCGGCAGAAGGGAUGAGACGAUUCGCAAGACGCUCACCUCGCCUUUGCUCAGCGAGAACGCCGACGAGUUGACGUCCCCAGAGGGCGACGAGUCGCGAGAAGACGUCGAAGUAUUGCGCAAUGGUAACGUCGCGCCCAGACCAGACUUCAGUACGAGCGAUCCUACACGAGAAGGCAGAAACAUGAAUGCAUCCCGGAUGGCUCUGGCCAAUUCCACAUCUUCCCGCCCCGACUUUGACGACCUUGCGCCUGCCGUACGCGACAGCGAGGCCAACGGGGUGCGCUCGAGUCGAUCUUCACUGCUCGGCAUGAAGAUUGGCUCUAGCUUUUCCGCUGCUCAUAGGCGUACGAUGUCGCAAGAGUCGCAAAGCUCGUCGAUACUGCAAAAUCUGGCGCCUGCUUCGUCAUCAUCUAUCAAGACGAAAGCUCGCAGUAAACUCACGAAUCCCUUUGCGUCGUCAAAGAGCUACGUCAAUCCGGCGGUGACACCUAGUACUGUGCCUUAUGUACCCUUUGCGCCCGAGGCUGGCGUUCGGCCCAGCGCGGCGCAAGAGUAUGCGGCCCAAGCAAAAGCAGCCAUGGCAGAGCCAAAGACUGCAACGUCGACCAGUCGACGCAUGUCUUCAUCAUCUUCACAGCAGCAAGCUAUCGCGCCCCCCGUCACUACCAAAAGGAGUGACGGCGUGGCCAAGCUGGCUGAUCUAUUCGCACAACAUCAGGAAGCGGAGAAAGCACGGAUCAAGUCUAUCGCUGCACGGGAAACUGGUGGUAUCAGUCAACAGUAG